GGCCGGUCAUUGUUCGCGACCUUGUCUUCCUGCACACGACGACGACGACGACAGCAGUUCAUUCUUUUAUCAACAUUCGUCGCCAUGCCGAACAAGGUCGUCACGACACCAUACCCGCUCAUCGACGCUGACCCACACGCUUUCCGUGUAGUGCGUUAUUUCCGUUCGUCAGACUAUGCAACCUGGGCUGCAGGAACAGCUGCAUUCCCGGCUGCUUUGUAUUUCUGGGAUAUGGCUGACCCUGCAAAAGUUCGUCUGCAGACCAGCUUUCGGCUUGGAGGCUUCCUUGGCUUCCUUGGCGGUUUCUUGCUGGCAUACCAACGUUCAAGUUUCCGAUUCUGGGGCUGGUCAGAGAACAAACGAGAGGAGGACUUGGAUCUGGCCGAGCUUUCCCAAAGGGCAGCUGAGGGUAAGCCUUUGUAUGGUACAUCCAGCCAGCCAGAGUGGGUGCAGGGCACUGCAUACCGGAACUCUGCAUGGUCUCAGUUGAAAUUCCACGCAUUCCCCAUGUUCAACUUCGUCAACCAUCAACAUCACGGCACCGACGCUGCAAAAUAUGGUGUGAAGGAAAAGGAACUAUCAGAUUAGAUAUUUUUCUGCUGAUUGUACUGUCGUUGGCUUAGCAGGAUGAUGCCAUGCACUUAGGGUAUAGCACGGGUAUGGGCUACGCCGCGGGUAUGGGGGUUAUGGGUAUGGCGGGUACGGGUACGGUGUAGAGAUGUGGUACCUGUGGUCAUACCGUACCCAUUAGCACGGUAUACAGGUAUGUUCACGGGUAUGUAGCCGCACUACCUCCGAAUCUUCUCCGCAGUGUUGUAUAUUGGACCCGAUUCACCACUAACUAUG